CUUACUACGCGGCAUCAUGGCUACCGGCAGUACACUCAAGAGAAGGAAACAUUUUCUCGGCGUACCUUCACCGUUGGGCUAUGUUCCAGGGUUAGGUCGUGGAGCGACUGGAUUUACUACAAGAUCUGAUAUUGGUCCGGCACGAGACUCUAGUGACAUAUCAGAUGAGAGGCAUGGACCUCCUGUUAAACGACACAAAGAAGACGAGGAUGAGGAGGUCGACCUCAAUGAUGCUAACUAUGAUGAAUUUGCUGGUUAUGGAGGAAGCUUGUGUAACAAAGAUCCAUAUGAAAAAGAUGACGAGGAGGCGGAUGCUAUCUAUGAAGCCGUGGACAAGCGCAUGGAUGAACGAAGAAAGGAACGAAGGGAGAAGAGAUACCUGGAAGAACUGGAGAAAUAUCGAGCGGAGCGUCCGAAGAUCCAGCAGAUGUUCUCCGACUUGAAGCGCAGUCUCUCCGACGUAACGGAGGAGGAGUGGAAGGUGAUCCCUGAGGUGGGAGAUGCGCGCAACAAGCGGCAGAGGAACCCACGCAUGGAGAGACUCACGCCCGUCCCUGACAGCAUCCUCGCUAAGGCUAUCGGCGGUGGGCCGGUGACAUCGUUGGACCCUCGACAGAACGCGGGAUACAGCAGUGGCUUGGAUUCUACAUUUCCAGGAGGGAUGACCCCGGGCGGGUUGACCACACCUGUUGGUGAGCUGGACCUGAGGAAGAUCGGCCAGGCGAGAAACACGCUGAUGGACAUGAAACUAAACCAGGUGUCCGACUCCGUCCACGGUCAGACGGUCGUCGACCCGAAGGGAUAUCUCACCGACUUACAGUCGAUGCUGCCGGAGUACGGCGGCGACAUCAACGACGUCAAGAAAGCCCGGCUGCUGCUGAAGUCGGUGCGGGACACCAACCCGAACCACGGCCCCGCGUGGAUCGCGUCCGCCCGCCUCGAGGAGGUCACCGGCAAGAUCCAGUCUGCGCGCAACAUCAUCAUGAAGGGCACGGAGGCGUGUCCGAAGACGGAGGACGUGUGGCUGGAAGCGGCGCGGCUGCAGCCGGGCGACACCGCCAAGGCGGUCAUCGCGCAGGCCGUCCGACAGAUCCCGGCGUCCGUGCGCAUCUGGAUCCGCGCCGCCGACAUCGAGACCGAGCUGAAGGGCAAGCGACGCGUCUUCCGCAAGGCUCUCGAGCAGGUCCCGAACUCCGUGCGGCUCUGGAAGGCGGCGGUCGAGCUGGAGGAGCCGGAGGACGCGCGCAUUCUGCUGAGCCGCGCGGUCGAGUGCUGCCCGACGAGCGUGGAGCUGUGGCUGGCGCUCGCCCGCCUCGAGACGUACGAGAACGCGCGGAAGGUGCUGAACAAGGCUCGCGAGAACAUCCCGACCGACCGCCUCAUCUGGAUCACGGCGGCGAAGCUUGAGGAGGCGAACAGCAACAUCCACAUGGUGGAGAAGAUCGUGGAGCGCGCGCUCGCGUCGCUGCGCGCCAACAUGGUCGAGAUCAACCGCGAGCAGUGGAUGAGCGACGCGGAGGAGUGCGAGCGCGCCGGGUCGAUCGCGACGUGCCAGGCGAUCAUCCGCGCCGUCAUCGGCGUCACCGUCGAGGACGAGGACCGCAAGCACACGUGGAUGGAGGACGCCGACGCGUUCUCGGCGCACGGCGGCCACGAGUGCGCGCGCGCCGUCUUCGCGCACGCGCUCACCGUCUUCCCGAGCAAGAAGAGCAUCUGGUUGCGCGCGGCGCACUUCGAGCGCAGCCACGGCACGCGCGAAUCCCUCGAGGUCCUCCUACAGAAAGCCGUCGCUCACUGCCCGAAAGCCGAGGUGCUCUGGCUGAUGGGCGCCAAGUCGAAGUGGCUCGCGGACGACAUCCCAGCCGCCCGCAGCAUCCUCGCGCUCGCUUUCCAGGCGAAUCCCAACAGCGAGGAGAUCUGGCUCGCCGCUGUCAAGCUGGAGAGUGAGAACGAGGAGUACGAGCGCGCGCGCCGGCUGCUGCUGAAGGCCCGUAGCAACGCGCCGACCGCGCGCGUCUGGAUGAAGUCCGUGAAACUCGAGUGGCAGCUUGGCGACAUCACGAAAUCGCUCGAGUUGAUCGCCGAGGCCGUGAAGGUGUACCCGGACUGCGCGAAGCUGUGGAUGAUGCUGGGACAGAUCCGGGAGCAGGCGGGCGAGACCGCGAGCGCGCGCGAGGCGUACAGCGUCGGCGUUCGCACGUGCCCGCGCGCGAUCCCGCUCUGGAAGCAGAUGGCGCGUCUCGAGGUGCGCGCCAGCCACGUCAUCAAGGCGCGCGCGAUCCUCGAGAAGGCGCGCCUCAAGAACGUGCAGUGCCCCGAGCUGUGGCUCGAGGCGGUGCGCGUCGAGACGCAGGGCGGCCUGCGAGACAUCGCUCACAACCUCAUGGCGAAAGCGAUGCAGGACUGUCCGAGCAGCGGCGUGCUCUGGGCCGAGGCGAUCUUCAUGGAAGGCCGGCCGCAGCGCAAGACGAAGAGCGUCGAUGCGCUGAAACGCUGCGAGCACGACCCGCAUGUCCUGCUCGCCGUCUCGCGACUCUUCUGGACCGAGCGCAAGCUGGGGAAGGCGCGCGACUGGUUCGGCCGCACGGUGCGCAUCGACCCGGACCUCGGCGACGCGUGGGCGUACUUCUACAAGUUUGAGGCGAUGCACGGCAGCGAGGAGCAGCGCGACGACGUGCGCCGUCGCUGCGUGCUUGCCGAGCCGCGCCACGGAGAGAGCUGGUGCGCCGUCUCCAAGGACAUAGGCAACUGGAAGAAGAAGGUCGGAGAGAUUCUGGAAUCGGUCGCUGCCUCGCUGCCCGUGCCGACGUGAGCGCGGGGGCCAGGGGGCGCCGGUGGAGUUGGUCGCUGCCCGUGCCGACGUGAGCGCGGCCAGGGGUGCCGGUGGAGUUGGUCGCUGCCCGUGACGACGUGAGCGGGCGCCAGGGGGCGCCAGUGGAGUUUGUCGCUGCCUGUGAUGACAUGAGCUCGGGCCAGGGGGCACCGGUGGAGUUGGUUGCUGCCCGUGACGACGUGAGCGGGUGCCAGGGGGCGCCGGUGGAGUUGGUCGCUGCCCGUGACGACGUGAGCACGGGCCAGGGGGCGGCAGUGGAGUUAAUAGCUGCCCGUGACGACAUAAGCUUGGGCCAGGGGGCGCCAGUGGAGUUGGUCGCCGACGUGAGUAAAGACCAGGGGGCGCCGGUGGAGUUGUUCGUGGCCUUGCUGCCCGUGUCGAUUUGAGCAGGGGACAGGGGGCGCCAGUUGGCCACACCUUGCUGUCUUGGCUGUUGUCAUACAUGUAUACGUGGUUGCCAUGGUUCAAGAUGUCACUGUUUAUCAACAUUAGUGUGGCUGUAAACUGCAAAAAGACGGUCGACUAUAGUAUAGGUCGUGAAUUCAAAGUACGUGGUUUGCUUGUAAAUAUUCUCGUCCACGCAUCUGAUUUGAUUUAGGUUGUAUUUUAGUUAUAUAUAGCAGAUGAUGUGUCACUGACGUUUCCUUACAUGUACAAGUUCUACAAACAGCUUAUUUGAAUCGAUUUAGUUUCCAUGAUGUAUUCAAUUAUGUAAGAUUUAAUUUUGUCAUUUGCCCAUCGUAAAAUGGUUUUAAAAUGGUCCUGCACUAUUCCUGGCUCAUGGUUCGCACAGUCCUU